AUGGAGCCAGGUAUACCCAUGAUACUGCCCAAGGGCAUUGUCAUAAACACGACCGACAUCUACAAAGAAGUUGCCAGUUACCCGAUUGUCCCUGCCCAAAAAAUAUGGGAAUACUGGCAUGUGUAUACAACAACAAAUAAGAAACUCAAGGACCCAACGGCCCGCCGCUUGGAAAACUUUUGGUGGCAGGUAUGGGGGAGUGACCGAAGGUAUCUGAGCGGCCGAGCAUUGGCCAAGAUUUAUGAAGAUAUUUCCCUUGGCCCUGCCAUUGUCCCCCUUCACGGCCCGCCGAAUCGUUGGGAGGGCCCGGGUGUUCCUCCAUUGACCAAACAACUCAUAGUCGCUCAUCUUCACCGUGGCCUCGACGAGACCAAACACCGACCAGAGCCGCCCCGGAUAAAGUCCAAUGACACCUCCAUCAAGAGCCUAUCAUCAAGCGCCUCGAAACCUCCACCAUCACACCCUAUCUUGAAGAAGUCCAAAAACCCAUUGUCCUCUGGGCCAAAGCCAACAGCUCGAUUUGCGUCUCCACCCGAGUCGGACGAUGACGGUGGCAGGGAGAGCGACAUCCCCUCAUCUGGAAGUACUGCAAUAACGGGUUUGGAGAUGGCAAUGUCCACAGAGUCACCGCCUGCAGCGAGGGCAGUAUCAGCACCGGAAAACGCAUCGCCGGCGGGAAAACAAGCGUUGAAUAGAAAAGAAAGCCCACAGUUAUUGCCAAAUUCCGCAGUACAGCCUUCGUCAAAAGACACAGCGCCAACUGCAACAACGCGAAGUCCAACGCAACUCAGAACAGUUUCACCUAUCCCCGAACAACCACAGGACAAGGCUGAAUAUGAAUCUACAGAACCCGAGGACAACGUGUCAACAGCGUCACAUCGCCCAGCCGUUCUUAGCGCCAAGGCAGCUGGCAAGCAACCAAUGCCAUCCCGAAAGAUCGCAAGAAAGCUGUCAAAUCUUUCUCAGGAACCAUCUCGCCCACCUAUAUCAACGUCCCUAGCGAAUUCUAAAGCACGAACAACACCCGACUUGCGCUCCCCGGUAUCCGCCAGGUCGCUUUCAUUGACACGAACUGAUACCGAUAAUUCGUCGACAACCGGAUCCUUGACCGACUCGGUAUCCAUGGCGGGCCGAUCACUAUCGCAGAAUGGAUACGCACGGAAGGGUUCGUUGUCGCAGGGUCUUUUUACAGGAGCGCUGGCCACUACCACAAACGUGGCCGCGAAGGGGCAAAUUAUUGAUCAGGCGGGCUCACUUCCGACCUCAGGUGUUAUUGACCCAUACGUGGAAGAUGAUAACCUUGCGUCACGGCCGUCUGCUACCUCUUUACUGGAAUCGCGAAUGCAGCCCACUCAACCAAGUCCUGCAGCUAGUGUUCCCAUGGGUCGAACCAGAAGCCAGCUCACGCUUCUCCUGGAACGAGAAAAGACCAAGAAACACUAA